AGAACUAAAAUGAGCGGCAGAGGUAAAACCGGCGGUAAGGCGAGAGCGAAGGCCAAGACUCGCUCAUCCAGAGCUGGACUGCAGUUCCCCGUCGGUCGUGUUCACAGACUUCUCCGUAAAGGCAACUAUGGUGAGCGUGUCGGUGCCGGUGCUCCCGUCUAUCUGGCCGCAGUGCUCGAGUAUCUGACCGCUGAGAUCCUGGAGUUGGCCGGAAACGCCGCUCGUGACAACAAGAAGACUCGCAUCAUUCCCCGUCAUCUGCAGCUGGCGGUACGCAAUGACGAGGAGCUAAACAAACUUUUGGGCGGUGUUACCAUCGCUCAGGGCGGCGUGCUGCCCAACAUCCAGGCUGUGCUGUUGCCCAAGAAGACCGAGAAGCCCGCCAAGUCCAAAUAA